AUGCAGCUUUUUGCCAGAACCCAAGACCUGCACAUCCUCGAAGUGAUCAGCCAAGAGAUGGUCACAAAGACCAAGGCUCCUGUGGCCUCCCUGGAAGGCGUCACACCAGAAGAUCAAGUCGCACUCGCGGCAGGCAAGCUGCUAGAGGAUGAUGCCACCCUAGGCCAGCGUGGCGUGGAGGCCCUGGCCACUCUGGAAGUAGCUGGCUGCAUGCUUGGAGGUAAAGCCCUUGGUUUCCUAGCUUGGGCUGGAAAAGUGAGAGGUCAAACUCCACAGAUGACCAAAGAGGAGGGAGGGGAGGGGAGAAGGAGAAGACAGGCUAGGCCAAGAGGUGAAAUGCAGUACAGCCGGCACUUUGCCGAUGCCAUGCCCACCUUCUGCAAGAAGAGGGGCCCCAAUGCCAAUGCUUAA